CCUUUAUAUACAAUAGCCGAAGCAUUUUUGAGUAGUUGUGUGUUAGCGACCUUCUAGGCAGCGAAAACAAUAGAACAGCAGCACUUGAGUAACGUAGAGCUGCAAGUCAAAGUUAAGGCAUAUAUGAUGGUUCAACUAUUCGGAGGAGCACUUACUGCGGAGCUUCCGUCCUCAUUCUGCGAUGUUAGUAAGCUGCGUGAAGUGCCCGACAAUCAAGAGGUUUUUAUGGAAAAUUCGGACGACAUGUUGUCUUUUAUUUUUGAGUUGCUGGAACACGGAGAUGCGCCGGGAAAAACGGCAGCUCAGUUUCACUUUGAGAGUCUUGUUGACGACAACGAUGCAGUUGCAUCAACCAUUUGGUCGGAAGAAGAUAUAGAAACAAGCAAACUAUCACAUAUAGCAUCCCUAGGCGACAAUGCCAGUGUGUGCCGGCUGACAGGAUUCCAACAGCUUCCUCGGGAUCGUCACCACACAAUAAGGACGCUGCUGCAAAACAUUGCUGUCAUUUUAUACGUUAUUCGGUGUCCUAAGUACCAGGUGGACAUGGUCGCAUCGUUAAACGUGCCCUUGAGAAACGAUUACACCGACAAGGAGCCCUUGGCAGUGGCAUCUCUGACUGCGGACGAUGCGCAACGCUUCGAAAGAGCGGGCCAGUGUAUCGAUGCCUUUGCGGACUCGUUGACUCUCGUUCGGCCUUCCCUCUUUGGAUAACCAAUGACUGGAAUAGUGAAACGAAUGAAUAAUCUGAAAGAGAGACGUGUUCUUUUAUUAACAGACGGGAGAGCUUAAAGGGUGUGUAUGUGUGUAUGUGUGGUAGAAAGAAAGUAAAAAGAAGGAAAAAUAGGACUUAAAGUAUCGUUUAAUAAGAAAAAUAAAAUGGCAGUAGUUGUAGGGGAGCAGUUUCUUGAGAGGGGAGAAGACGUGCGAACAGCUGUC